AUGGAGCCCAACGCCAUCCCCAGCGGCGACUCCUCCGCCCCCUUGGCCCCCGCGGCAGGCUCGUCCAAGCUGCCAGACCCUACCGAGCCAGACUUCAAGCUGUACCCUUAUUUUUCAGCCAACAAGCAACUCGAAGACUCUCCUCCAGACAGGAGGUUCCCAGCGCCCCCCGUUCGCAGGCCAAGGGGCAGCCUCACGCAGAGCCGCAAACCCACGAUGCUGCGCAUGGUGCUAGAGGCGCUGCAGGCGAGCGAACGGCGCCAAGGCACGUCAGUGAUGGCCAUCAAGCUCUACAUCCUGCGCAAGUAUCCGACUGUGCACAGCCUGCGCUUCAAGUACCUGCUCAAGCAGGCCCUGGCCACCGGCAUGAGUCGAGGCCUCCUCACCAGGCCCCUCCACUCCAAGGCCAAGGGCGCCACUGGCAGCUUCAAAUUGGUGUCCGAGCGCAAGAGAACACAACUCAGCAAGGCCAGGAAGGCCAGGAAGGGGAAGGCCGGAAAAGCGGGGAAGGCCAAGGAGCCAGUCUCCAAGAAACCUAGAGAGGCCAGACCAGGCCAGGUGGGACAGGCACACAAGAAGCCGGGUGCCGUGGGGAAGGUGCCUCCUAAGCCAGGUGCAGCCAAGAAGGUCCCCAAGAAAGGCAAAGAGGCCAAAGACACGGAGGUCAAACGGAGCCAGGCCAGGAAGGCUCCCAGGAAGUCAAACAAGGCCACACAGGCCUCUGCUGGUCCUAAGAACAAUGGGAAACCAAAGGUCAAAGGCCACAGGAAAAGUCAAGGUGUCUCAGAACCCCAGGGCUCUGGGCACAGGGUUAUGGUGCUCAGGAAGGAUGUGAAGACUGCUGAACGAGUGUUUCCCACAGGAAUCCCGCCUGCCCCUCCAGGAGAGGCCAAAGCUCCCAGGAAAACCAGUGCCGCCGACAGCAAGAGUUCUAAACCCACAGCCAGAAAGGUCAAAAACAGUGGUGUUGCUUCCCUGACUAAGAAGAAGACAGCAGCCAAGGCCCCUGAAGCAGCAGCAGCCUCAGGGGAUAAGGAGAGGCCCAAAGCCAAAGCCAGCACUUCCACUAAGGGCCAAGGGUCCAAGGCUGGAGGCCAGCAGGCCCCCCUCCGGCGCCAGUCCCCCUGCCUCCUCCGAGCCUCCUCUGGGGCAGUAAGCACUGCCUACUCCACCAACACCAUCCACCCGUCUGCCCGCUGCCAGGGACCCCUCUGGGGGCAGGAGGUGGAGCCGGGUGUUUCAGGUGGCUGA